AUGGCCAGCUACAACAGAGUGACGUUCUUAAACUAUAAGAUAGAAGCUUCAGUAACCAAAGUUUUGGGCGCGCCUGCUUGCAGUGUUAUUGGCGAUCGACAACUCGAGGGGCGGAUCAAUACCGACGUGCUGCGGAUUGGCGAAUACGUCCAUUCAGAAUUCACUUUUCAAAUGAUCGAAAGGUUAAGAUGGCGUCCAUAUUUUCUCGACCGUUUUUCGGGAAAACUGGGACUUGCGCCUGUUUCUGAAGUCACACCGGAUACGUUUGCUCAGUCUCUUCUAAGGCUAUUUCCACAGGAACCUGUAUUCACAUUCUGGUUUCGCCCGGAUGAAGAUGGAGUGUACAGAAACGGGAUUUUUUCCUUUGGUGGAAUUCAUGACUACCGAUAUCAUGGACGGCUAGUAUACCUUCCCUUGUUGUCCGCUGAUUCAUGGACAAUUCAAGCUACAAAAAUUUUACUGGGACAAGACGUAAUUUGUCAGCAAGAUUGCAGCAUUCAAUUCAACACUGCAGUUCCUUACUUCUAUGAGCCAAGAGUUAGUGAGGGAGAGAACAUACUGGCCUUCGACGAAGUCAACUCCUAUCCUCAGUUGCAGGUUCAAUUUGAUUCGCUGCAUGUUCACUGGAUAAUGGAAAAAGAUGGAGUGUACAGAAACGGGAUUUUUUCCUUUGGUGGAAUUCAUGACUACCGAUAUCAUGGACGGCUAGUAUACCUUCCCUUGUUGUCCGCUGAUUCAUGGACAAUUCAAGCUACAAAAAUUUCACUGGGACAAGACGUAAUUUGUCAGCAAGAUUGCAACAUUCAAUUCAACACUGCAGUUCCUUACUUCUAUGGGCCCAGAGGGCAAAUCGGUCAAAUUCAUCGUUUGUUGCAUGUGCCUACCAGCAGAGUUAGUGAGGGAGAGAAUAUACUGGACUGCGAUGAAGCCAACUCUUAUCCUCAGUUGCACGUUCAAUUUGAUUCGCUACAUGUUCAUUGGAGAAUGGAUGAGCUCUGGGAAAAGAAAAAGGACCGAAACAUUUUUGUUUGCAAAUCGGGGAUUCGCAGCAAAACCGGCCUGCCCGUUUGGGAAUUCGGAUACAAGCUGAUGUACAAACUUUUUACGGUUUAUGAUUUAAAAGGCGCAAGAAUGGGACUCGCCGACGCAAGCCACCCAUGA